GACGAGAGUUGGUGAAAAAAAUGGCGUCGAAAUUGUUUACGGUUGUUACCAAUGAACUAAAGUUUGUCAAAAUACAAGAAAACUAGAGUAACAGGUAUUUCAAUAACUUGUGUGACAGCAGCAACAUCAGCAACAGCUAGUCAUGGCAGAGACCCAGGCAGCACCACCUGUUAGAGUGGCUCCUAGUGGGAAGGUCUACAGGCAGAUUUUUGAUGCUGAGGUUCAGCUUGUGAAGUCCUAUGACAAGGCUAAGGAGAAGCCUCGAGCGACGCCCACCUCAGGCCUGCUGCCCCUGGUACAUGAGGGCAGGGCCACCACUGGGACUGGCAUACUCACCGCCAGGCAGAAGACAUGGAUAGAGGGGAUGCCUAACGACUCCACUAUUGAAAACCCAGUGUUGUACAGGAAAGCUGUGAACUUGAUAAGUGAUCGGUCAAAGGAACCCGAAUCUUUAACAGCAGCCAGGGAAGUCAGGGGUCUGGAGGAUGUUGUUGUCGCUGAGAAAACUGGUUCUGACAUCAUAGAGAGAAUAGCAGAGAGCAGAAGGCAAAGACAUGAGAGUGCCUUGGAGGACAUGCAUCAGGAACUGGGGGUCAUUAGCACAGAAACAGAGCCAAAGAUAGCCAACCUUGGGGAGACACUGAUGGGGUAUUUGGAGCAGAAUGACCAAGAAAUUGAUGAGCUGCUGUCCAGGAUAUCUGCUGAUGAUAUGUUGAUAGACUUCAGCCUCCAGCAGCUGAGGGACCUGUGGGUCAUGGUGGCCUCCCAGUCGUCUGUCCGCAGAGACAGGAUACACCAGCUUGACACAGAGCUACAGAAAGUAGAGGAUAGCAGAAUGGACCAGAUUUCUGAGGUGUUGAAGAGCUAUGCCAAGACCCUGGAGCAGAUAGCACAUUUGAUGGCCCCAGAUGUACAGAGACGCAUGGAGAAGGAAGCCAUGGAGAUCAACCAGUCUGUACUGGCCAACAAACGUGCGUACGCUGACCUGUUUGCUCGGUUGAUGACGGCAGAUGUGGAGAGAGAGAAGAAACAGCAUCUACAGUGGCUGGACAGGGUGGGAGACUGGAGGGAACUCAACACUAAGAGAACCAUUGAACAGUUCAGGGAGUUCAUGCAGAGUGCACCUGUGGUCCAGCCACCUGGAGCAGACCAGGUGUUAGAGCACCUGCUGACGGAACAGAAGGCACAGGCACAGAAGAGGAUGGACCUGCUCAACUCCAUCAAAGACAUGAAACCCCCGAGUUCUACCAAAACAUCAGUGUACGAGUGGUACAAUGCCUUGUCAACAGUUAAUGAACAGAUUGACCAGCUCCAUGUGCAGUACAUGGGGAAGCUGCAUGGGGAAUAUGAGAAGGUUUGCCAGGAGUGCCUGACAGAGAUAGAGAAAUACAGGGAGUUACUGAUCACCAGGGGCAUCUGUGGUCAAGAAAGGUCACUUCAGGUCAUCAACGAACACUUCCUGCCUCUGGUUGGGGAGAGGCAGAGGGCAUUUGAGGACAAGCUGGAGGCCAUGGAUAAAGCACUGGAGGAACUUUCCGAGGAGUCAGCCAAUCAGCUCAAGUCGCUCUUCAAGUUCGCGCAGGGCGGCGCCCACAUCUGGGACGUGCACGAGAUCGGACUGGCCAAACAGGAACGGGCGCUGCAGGAGAAACUGGAGGCCUGCAGGCACGGCCACGAUGCAACCAACCAGGACAGAGAGGCUAACCUGGACAUCGUGAUGGACCACAUGAGACAGGACAGUACGGAGGAAGCCUUACAAAACAGCCUUCAGCAGGCAUUGUCUAUGCUUAACGUCAUCAAGGAAGGAUACGAGCUGUUCCAUGGUCAGCAGGUGGAGAUCGUGCAGGGUUAUCCCUCCAUGGUGACGGAGGAGCUGACAAACUACGACUCCGCGCUCUGUCGGUUCUUCGGGGUGGACAGGAAUCCUUCAGGACCCAGCAAAACUACAACUAAGUCUCCCAGGAAGAAGAGGGGAGACACCACCGCCCGCAGUGUGUCCUCCAUGUCAACAUCAUCAUUUGUGUCCACAAAAGUGUCUGGUACCAGCCCGCUCCCCGCUGUCAUCCACGAGGUUCUCACCACCAAGAAGGGGACGAGUUUCUACGUCCUGACAGAAGCAGGGGAGCAUGGGAUACCUCCCGAGGCGGACGCCACGUCGGAGCCGGUGUUCCUGACCGAGUCAGAGACUAAGGAAGACCUGCCCGCGUACAUCGAGAACGUCAAGCUCUUCAAGUCUCUUUUUGUGGAGCUGAAGAAACAUAUGCGUAUGGAGUUCCUGAACCACCUGGAGGAGUGGACAGGCCAGGCUGUGGAGAGGGCCAAGAGUGUUGUAGCUGCCAAGUGUGAGGAGUUGAACAGUGAGCUGGACUUGCGGCUUCACCUCCACUCACCCAGGGCCAAGAGAAUAGAGAUGGACGUCCACAAUGUCAGAGCAGCUGAACUGGUGAUGCACCAGGAGAGAGUGUCCCGACACUGUAAGGGCAUCACCACCGCGCUGAACGAGCUCAAAUCCCGCUUCACCGACCUCAACUCAGAACAUAACUGGAUGUUCGAACAGUUCCGAGAACACAUCGAGAACAUGGAACACAUCUUCAUCAACGCAACCAAGUCUGCCAAACUGGUAUCCUUGACAAACUCUCUGCAAACUGAGUUAGAAAAGUUCAUGGACACCAUCAGAGUUUCGCUGCGACAGUUCCGUGGUUUCCUUGACGACACCCUGGCAACGCUGAGGGAGUCUAACGCUCGCUUCAGGAUGUCCUUCAAACUGUUCUCAGACGGAGGUAACUUCUCCCCUGAGGAGAUUGAGGAGUACAGGAAGAAGCUGGAGAGGAUGGCCAACAAGAUCGACUCAGCUGAGGGGUUUGUGAUGGCUGACCUGGAGGGCAUGGAGGCCAGGAGACUGGAGCAGGCCACCGAGGUCGUCAACAAGUUUGAGGACAGGUUUAAGAACCACCUGAUGGACCUGAUCUUCAUUGAGAAGGUCACUCGCUGGUUCACCAACACACAGGUCAAGAUCAAGAGCGAGGUCCAGGAGAGUAACACCCAGUCCCAGACUCUUCACAACCACCUGAACCGCCUGGAGCGAAGGAUUGAUGCUGUGGAGAAACCUAACCCUGACAAGGAGCAACUGACCCCCCAGCAGCUGGUAGACUACAUGGCGGAGGUAAUGGAGACGGUUCACGAUCGCAGCCAGUACCUCAACUGUCUGAAGGAGUCAGCCCCGCCCCCCGAACCCGUGCCUGCGCCCGCCCCCGCACCCACCGGACGGGUCGGCUUCGUGGACGGCGCCCUGGUGCAGCCUGGGAAGGGAGGCAAGCAGGUGGCGGAGGACGCCUCCAUAGGUGUCAUCAAGAACAUCCUGAAGACUCAGAAGGUCCAGGCAGAAGGAACAGACAUGGAUGCAGAAGAUGACAAAACUACUGCUGCCCGUGCCGUGUACGGAGACGAGAGACAGCGGACGGGCCUGCGUAGUGUCGCCACCUCCCGCCCCCCCACCUCCUCCAGCAUCGCCACCAGUCUGAAGAAGAGCGGUCGCGCCACGCUGACCCGCGGAGACACCACGCUCAGCAUGAUGAGCGCCGGCGGGGGGACGCAGCAGGUCAAGAGACUGUCAGGGAGGAGAGGCAGUAAGUCCAAGAUAGAGAAGAGGGUGACAGUGUUUGGUGAAGGUCCAUAUGAACUGACCCAUUUCCUGGGGAUUGUGAGGAAGAUCCUAUCUGAUGCUCUGGAAGGUCUCUUCACUAUUGGAGAGGUGUACUACAAACAGAAGGGUAACAGGACACCGACCCGUCCAGAGAACAUCCAGAGUAACAUGGACGACUUUGCUGACAUCGUGGUGGGGAAACUCCAGUCCUACCAGCAACAGGCAGACGAGUACCACAACGCCUGCUUACAGGAGUUCCGUCAGCAGCUGACCAGGCUGGAGGAGCUGGUGGCAGACGUGCCGCCGCUGGUCGUGUCUGAACUCCUGCAGUCCCACCUGGAGUCAGCAGGGGGCGCUAGGGCCAGGAUCGAGGCAGACUUCUCACAGAGGGUCACAGGGUGGGACACAGAGAAGCAAACCCAUGAGAACGACCUCCGUCCGACCUUGGGCCACCCUCAGAAAGCAGGAGAGCUGAAGACCCUGUGUGACAGGGAGGAUGCACGCAACCUGGAACAGCUGCGUGGCAUACAGGACAACAACCAGUCUCUACAGGACUGUGUGUCCCAGCAUGCCCAGUCCUUUGUGGAGGACCUGUCUAAAACAGGAGAGAAGCUGCUGCUUCUGUACGACAACCUGCUGACCAUCGAUGAUGUGCAGACUGGACGGAUUGACAUUGAAAAGUUCCCAACAACGACCCUGAUCAGGAAGAAACAGGCGGGUAUCGACCUGAACGAUCACGAGUACAGACCCACGCUGCCUCGCGGCAGCAACACGUGGCCGGGAAUCCCCGCGGACGACAUGGUUCUACAGAAACCUCAGGAGAUAAAGCCGGUAACCAAGAGUGGGAAGAAAGCUGCCGCAGAGAAGAAGAGUAAAACAAAACAGGUACAAAAGCCGAAGACAACUGCAGCAGUCAGUACAGCCAAGACCACCCUGGGACACAGCUCAACUGUGGAGGCCAGGGACAAGGCUUACCAGGACUACCUGAACAAGUUCAAGUUGUCGCUGUCCAGUAUCGCUGACCAGAAGGAGGCACAACUGACCAGUGAGACAAGAUGGACAGAAAACUGGACUACCUCUGUCCAGAAAGUAAAGGACCUUUACUGACCAGACGUUGUGUCCAUUCACUAUGUAU